AAUGGUGAGGUGGAGCAAGCUGAUCGCAGGCAUCAAAUAAAAAGGUGUUUGGGGCGUCAUGUAGUCACUAUUUGAGACGUCAGGCUACAUGAUGACGAUGUCAUGCACCGGGAGUCGAACCAUGCAGAGCUCCAGGCGACUCGGUGGCGCGCUCGUGUGCACGCUGAUGCUUCUCAUGCUGCUGCACUCCUGUCCUCUCUCUCAAGCCCAAUUCCUUGAUACCGAAUCUGAGGAGGAGCUGAGCCCCAGAGCCCUGCGUGAUUUUUACCCAAAAGGUCCAAACCUGACCAGUGAGAAGCAACUGCUUGGAGCUCUCCAGGAAGUUCUUGAAAAGCUGCAGGCUAAACGACUGCCAUUGUGGGAGAAGAAAUUCGGCCAAGUACCGACGUGUGACAUUGGGGAACAGUGCGCGGUUAGGAAAGGAGCUCGGAUCGGGAAGAUGUGCGACUGUCCCCGGGGAGCUUUCUGCAACUUUUUCCUGCUUAAGUGCUUAUGAAGCUGCUCGGCUCUCAAUGUAGAAUGUACCAUCAAACGAUAAGAAACUGUCUCUCAAUUCCUUUGCAAUGUCAUAUUUUAUGAAAAGCUGAGGAGCUUUUGUAUAUAUAAAAUAGAAAGCACAAUGGAGUCACAGAAGAGAGAUAUUGUUACACAUACACCGACCUUUAUGACCACGUGCAAUUAGAGUCAAUACAAAUUCUGCUACGUACAAAGAUAAUAAUGCUCAGUUUUGAUUGAGACUUUCAUUACAUUACAUUGCAUACAAGUGGCCAUAAUGAUGUGGUAGGUUGGUAUGCUUAUACACCAGUGUGGUUUCACGAUCUCUUACAUAUACUCAUGUAGAAUUGUUCUAUAAAAAAGUUGUGCAAUGUGGUUUCAGAUGUUUGUGUAUGUAUCAUGGUAGAAAUAAAUGGUGAAUUGUGUUUUGUAAAGCA